AUGGUGGAAGACAUGUUUGGAGGAUGGGAGUAUAGGAGCAACCAUGCUGCCCAUUAUAAUGGAAGAUUUAAUGCAACUUUCGUAUAUGCCUUUAACCAAAAAGAAGAUAGGAAGGAAUUGUGGAACUACUUAAUGCAGUUGAAUCUGAGGUCUAUCCCAUGGGUGGUAUUAGGGGAUUUUAAUGCGGUGUUGCAUGCUGAGGACAGAAUUGGUGGUACCCCGGUCACAUAUGCCGAAAUUAUGGAUUUUCAACUUUGCUUGGAUACUUGUGGACUAGUGGAGCUCCCAACUAAUGGGGGUAAAUACACAUGGACGGAUAAUCAAGAUGAAAGAAUUUUUUCCCGAAUCGACUGGGUGUUUGUAAAUGGGGAGUGGAUCGAUGAUAUGCCGUACUGUAGAGAAAACAUCCUCCCAGCAGGUGUAAGUGACCACUGUCCCAUUGUGGUCCAAAUGGUGAAGCAGAUUAAAAAGACUAGACUUGCAUUUAAGUUCUGUAAUGUUUGGUGUCAACAUCCAUAUUUUCACAAGGUUGUUGAAGAUGGUUGGUGCACAGAUAUAGCAGGGUAUAGAAUGUUUCAAGUGGUUCAAAAAUUGAAGAGGUUGAAACAGAACCUCAAACAGCUGCAUCGUCAACAUUUUAGCAACAUUGUUCAGGAGGCAAAAAAUGAUAGGAUAGCCAUGCUACAGUGCCAGGAGAGACUACUUGCAAAUCCUACUGAUGCUCACAUACAACAAGAGGAGAAAAGCCUUAGAUUGAAGUAUAGUCAGUCUGCUAAACUUUCAGAACUGUUCUUGCUCCAAAGAAGUAAAGCUACCUGGAUAAAGUUAGGAGACGACAACACAAAAUAUUUUUUCUCCUUAAUCAAACAAAGAAAAUUGAUACAAUCAGUGUGCCAAAUUCAAGAUUAG